AUGGCCACGCUAGAGACACUGCCCGUUCUUAGUGACUCAACCUACCCCAGCCCGGAGAACUACCACAGUUUUGCUCCCCGGCCAUCCCAACCCAUCUCCCAGAGCACCAUGGGGAGUGUGGGCAGCGGAGUUGCCAAUGACCAAGAGUUCGCCAUGAAGAGCGUGGGGACUCGGACGCAGAGCAGUGGACGGCAGACAGAGGGGUCUCGUAAUGGGUACUCCAUGCGGGAGAUCUCCAACCGCUACUCCGGCGAGGAGAAGACAUACAAGUCGGAGAAGGUCUCCAAUUCUCUCUACAUCAAUGGUGACCUGCGUAAGAACGAGAAGGUGAAGAUGGACAUCUGUGGGAAUGUGACCACCAACAACGAGAAGAACAUGCCGCCUCCCCCUCAAUACCGAGAGCCCAGUAACCCACCAAAGAUAUUGCCUAUCUCCGGCAAACUAGACCAGAGCAAUGAGCCCUUAGUUAGACCCUCAGCCUUUAAACCAGUAGUUCCUAAAAACUUCCAUUCCAUGCAGAACCUCUGCCCACCGCAGAGCAACGGGGUGACAGAGAACAGAAAGAGCUUGAACCAUGCCAACAGCAAUAGCCCGUCCGCACCCAAAAGUGGACUUGACAAGAGCAGCCUUAACAGGACUACAAACCAAGUGGGGGGUCUUUCGGAUUCAGGCCGUAACUCAUUAACAAGCCUGCCCACGUACGGGACAGGCUACAGCCAGCACGUGGGUCCGAUGAGUGCCUCCACGAGCCACAUCAACCGCAUCGGUACAACCUACGUGGACAAGAACAUUGUGGGAUACAAUGGGAUAUCUACCUCAGACAGCGGACGGUCUUCAAGCAAGAGCACCUCUUCGUUCAACAGACUGAACCAUCUCAAUGAAACAAUGCCUUUCCACUCGCCUUCAACGGACGACAUCAUCCAAGACCUGGAAGACCGGCUGUGGGAGAAGGAACAGGAGGUCCUCCAGAUGCGAAGGAACUUGGACAAAAGUGAGGCAGCCAUCUUCCAAGUGUUUGAGGAGAAGCAGAAGAUCUGGGAGAGGGAAAUGGAGGACCUGAGGCAAAACUACGCCAACAAAUUGCAACAGGUCUCCAAAAAGGCGCAGCGGGCUCAGCAGGCCUUGCAGCUCCAAAUCUUCAAGCUCCAGCAAGAGAAAAAAAAACUCCAAGAUGAUAUGGGACAACUCCUCCAGCAACGAGAGGAGCUGGAGAAGAAAUUUGUGGCUUUCAAGAAGGAACAGGCUGAGUUUCUCCCAAAGAUUGAAGAGACCAAGUGGGAGGUGUGCCAGAAGGCAGGUGAGAUCUCCUUGCUCAAACAGCAGCUGAAGGACUCCCAAGCAGAUGUAUCCCAGAAGCUGAAUGAGAUCGUGGGACUGCGGACACAGCUCAAGGAAGGUAAGAACUUCCUACGGGAGAAAGAGGAGCAGAUCCUCACCCUGAAGGACUCCUACAGCUCCAAGAGCGUCAACCUGGAGAUCUGCGAGAGUGAGCUACAGCGGAAGAUGAGUGAGGUCCAGGUGCUGCGGGAAAAACUGAACCACUGUGAGCUGGAGGUCUCUGGCCUGAAGCGGACACUUGCCAGCAUGGGACCUCCAGGGCCUUUUGGUGGGGACCUUGGUGAGAAGCUGCGGGACCCGCUGGCCUGUGAGAGCGAUGAAGCCAAGAUGCAGCGGCAGAGCGAGGACAGUGUCAACACGCUGCGGAAGGAGGUGGAGCGGCUCCAGACAGAGCUGAAGCUGGAACGGCAGCAGCGGGAGCAGCAGGUGAUGGACUUUGAGGAGGAGCGGCGCACGUGGCAAGAAGAGAAGGAGAAAGUCAUCAAGUACCAGAAGCAGCUGCAACUAAACUACGUGGAGAUGUACCAGAAGAACCAGCUCCUGGAGCACAAGGUGAACGAGAUGAACACAAAGGCCACCAGCCCCCCACACACCGAGGAGAAAAAAACAUGGACUCCCUCCAGACUCGAGCGAAUAGAGUCCACCGAGAUCUGA